AUGGGUUCAAUGUCAAAGAACCGUGAGUCUUCCAUGCAUGGGUUCUUUUCAACAAAAAGGUUGUCACCCACCCCUAACGAUUCCCAGCAACCUUAUGGUAUUAGGCCUCAAUCUUUCUCCCGAUUUUCGUUCCAUAAAAUGCAGCAACCAGGGAUUGGUACUUCGUCCUCAUGUCAGGGGGUUGUAUCUCCCAAAGUUAGGGUCAGUCAAAGGUCCACACUGAGUGGAAACUUUCCUUUUAUGGAAUCUGUCCGUGAGGAUUGCGUCUCUGACACCAUCCCUAUAGCGCCUACCACGAAAGAUGAGAAGAGUUCUGAUUAUUCUAAAAUUCAUGGACCUGAUGGCCGGCUUACAGGAGUUGGCAACGCUUUUCAGUGUAAUAAGGAUAUAGCGAGUUUGGACAAGAUUAAUGACCCUCAAGGUAGGACGAUAGUGGUUGCUGGAAAGAGUCAUCUUGGUUUGUACAAGUUCGACGAAGAUUACUCGUUUACCCAAACACAAGAUUACAUGUCUCUAAGCAACCACUGUACGAACACGAAGUUUUCUAACGCUAUUCGCAGAAGCUUCAGGAAAAUAAGUACGAUAUCAGAUGUGAAAGCUGGAUUCCAUAACCAUAAGAAUUACAUUGCCAUCUGUGGAACAUCAACUUCAUUGUCAAUAUAUGAUAUAAAUCGUACUUCUGAUAUUGGUUCCCCUCUUGUAGCCACUUAUUCGGAGCACUCUAGGUCGAUCAAUAGUGUUGAUUUUAAUAUGGGACAAACCAAUUUGAUUAUAAGUGGAGGCCAAGAUGGAUAUAUCAAAGUUUGGGAUCUUCGAUCAACCGCAUUUAAAAAUAAUAGAAGUGAUGCUAGCUUUAGCUCAGGUUCUGACUCUGUAAGAGAUGUAAAGUGGAUGCCUUCUUAUGAUUUUGCAUCGUCGGAUAGUAAUUCUUCAAUGAACUCGUUCAAUAGAUGGUACAAGUUUGCCUCUGUUAAUGAUUCGGGGUUAUUGCUGACUUAUGAUCUACGACAGCCAGGACAGGUCGAACGAAAGAUCAAUGCCCAUUCUGGCCCAGGGCUCUGCAUGCAUUGGCAUCCUCAUAUGGAUUAUAUUAUAACCGGUGGGAGAGAUGGUAAAUGUGCCUUGUGGUAUGUAGGAGAUAAGGCAAAUGCGACUUUAAAUUUAUCACAAGGUCACAGCAAUACAACUGGAUAUUCGAUAAAUACUGUUCCGAUAUCGACAGGUUAUCUAGAAACAAUGAUAAAUACAGCGCAUCCUAUGACAAAACUCAAAUUCCGACCCAAUUAUGUGACGAACGUUCUAAAUUCUAUUGUUGCUACAUCAUCUAUGGGCGAAGAUUCAGAUGUGUCGAUUUACUCUUUAGCAAGAAAAUAUAUCCCCAAACACAUAUUGAUCACAGCAGCACCGUCGCUAGGUUUUGUUUGGUGGGAUAAAAACAUUAUAUUCAAUAUAGAUAAGCAGAAUAUUAUCACCACUUGGGAUAUUCGUUCUGAACCCACUAUGUUAGACAAUUUACCAAAAAGUGUGGUUAAGUGGCGAGAUAUUGAUGGAGAUGGACUAGUAUUCAUCGAUCAAGAAAAGGGAACUUAUGUUGCUGAGACACUAACGACACCUGAUAGUGCCGCAAGACUCCAUCAUCACAAAAUGAGUACCAAUGCCUCUUCUGGUUUGAUAAACCCAACCAACAAAGAUAGUGCGUAUAUCUCCAAUUCACUAUUUCCAGCACAACAUCAAAGUGAUCAACAUACGAACUUUGUCCUAGAAAGGCCGACGAUUUCAAAAACUGUUUCAUCAUUAAGUGCCAAAAUUACAAGCCCCCUUCAAGGAAAUUUUGGGGUGCAGUCUGCAUCUUAUCACAAUUCUAUCGCAUCUGAAUCCCCGUCUACGUCCGGUGUCCUAGAAUAUUGUAUUGGGAUUGAUUCACCAGCUUUAGUGAGCCUAGAUUUACCACGCAUCUUGAAUAGUGUCCGUAUUUCAAGACUACCAAAUAUGAAGAAAGAUUUAAGGGAUCAAGAAUCAGCUGCUAACAAACAAUCUGUCGUCGAAGUCUUCAAGUUUCUUUCAAAAGAACUUAAGUUUUCAUAUGUACAAGAAAAAACUGAUAUUAAACAAUCAAGCGCAGAGGACCCUUCGCAAAGUGUUGAUGAAACUGAAGCAAAAACAAAAUUGAUGGAGAGCAUCGGCAUUUCUGGUCAUAACACCUGGGCGACACUAAUACGUACUACCACUUCGCAUGACACUGAUUCUGGGAUAUAUGGCCCAGAUACGGUAGCACCAAAAAAACCGGAUACAUCAAACAGCAUACCAACAGACGAUUCCUCAGAUAUAAGCCUUGCAGCGGAGGAAAGGAAUGACACUCGCAAUGCGGAUGAUGUUGCUACUUCCAAACUUCAAAAACAGAACAAUCAUUAUAUUAAGUUGAUAUCUAUGUGUGCCCAUAAUGCCGAGACGUAUGCUUAUAUUGACGAUGUAGUAAACUUUAAGCUAUGGUUGAUGAUUAGAGAUAGUUUGCUAUGGGAUUUAAAGCAACUUACAGAGGCUGCAUUUAUGCUUGCGGAUGAUGAAAACAAUGAUGUCUUGAAUCCUACAGGAAGGCAUGACACCACAUUAGGAUCAAAGAAAUCCCUUAGAAGUGAUUCUCUAACAUCAGGAUACAGUAGUUAUGAUGCAAGUGAGCUCAGCUCCUCUGCUGACGGGCAACAAAUGCAACAAGCCAUUGAAAGCAUUUCUUCAAACAAGGCUCUUAAUGGAAAGCAUACCACUAACAUGGAAGUUGCGUUUAACGGUGAAAAGACGAAUAGUGAUACUUUUUCCACAGAUUCUUCUAACAACCACUUGAAUAAUAACGAUAUACAGAAGAACUUACGAGAGCUGCUUGAACUGAAACAAAGAACUUCAGUAGACGAAGAUAUCAGCAGUGAAAAUGCUGUGGAAAUAGAGGAUGAUGGAGCUUCCGAUUACAGUGCGUCUGGAAAACGCAGUAAUAUUGAACCAUCGUUGGGUAUUCCUAUUACGAGUAAUCGUGUACCUAGAACUUCAUUCAUCGACACUUUAAUGACAAACUUAAGGUCACCGAGGAUUGGCCAAAUGGAUGUUGACAAUGAAUUGAUCACCACUAAAGGCAAGGCUUCCACAUCUUUGGGAAGCGGAUUUAGUAAACGGUCAUCCAUCCAUAGUGCAGAAUCUUAUGUAAUGGGCUACAGAAGGCCUUAUUCUUCACCAAUAGGAUGUGCAAAAUCCAAGAAAUCUAUAACGCCGAAUCCGAAUCAUUUCAAUCAUGAAACCAUGGCCAUAAAUUCAUAUAUAUUUGGCCUAUCUCCCCAAAAGUUCCAAUCAUCUGGCGGGCAUUUGUUAAGUGGACAAGCUAAUGAUGAAGCAAAGAGUAUAAGCGAUAAGUAUCUACCACCAUGGAAAACGAGUCGUUUAAUUAAACAGAUAUUCAAACAUAGUGUGGAAACAGGAAAUAUUUUGCUUACAGUAACUAUUAUACUAAUGUUUCAGACUACGUUCAACAUCACAUCAACUUACAUAGCCAAAAAUACUUUGGCUGAAUUUAUCACAGUUUUACACCAUUACGAAUUAUUUGAAAUAUCCGCUGAUUUACUUAAAUAUUGCCCGUGGGAUGAUAUUCUAGGUGCGGGUUCCGGCCAAUCUACAAUACGAUUGUUUUGCGACAAGUGUGGAAAGUUGAUCAUAAACGAGCAUAGCAAAUCAAAACUUACUAAAGAAUUUCAGUUAGGGAAUCCUCAUAUUAUGAAUAACUUUGGCUAUUGGUACUGCGACUUAUGCAAAAAACCAUCUUCUCUCUGCGUGUUCUGUGAGACCCCAAUGAAAAAGCUAACGAUGUGUCUCCUCCAUUGCGGGCAUGAGGGUCAUUUUGGUUGCUUUAAAAGAUGGUUCCUCGACGAGGGUAUGACAGAAUGUCCUUCCGGCUGUAGCGGCGUUAUGCUAUGA